AUGUCUGAGGGAACCUACGAGGGUGCGAUCGGUAUCGAUCUUGGUACCACCUACUCCUGUGUCGCCGUUUACGAGGGCAACGGUGUCGAGAUCAUUGCCAACGAGCAGGGUAACCGUGUUACUCCUUCUUUCGUUGCCUUCUCCGAGAAGGAGCGUUUGAUCGGUGAUGCCGCAAAGAACCAGGCUGCUCUUAACCCCCGGAAUACCGUCUUCGACGCCAAGCGUUUGAUCGGACGGAAAUUCGAUGACCCUUCGGUCACCAAGGACAUCCAGAGCUGGCCUUUUAAGGUUAUCGAGACCGCCGAUGGCAAUCCUAAGAUCGAGGUUGAGUACCUCGGUGAGACCAAGCAGUUCACUGCCCAGGAGAUCUCCUCCAUGGUCUUGAUCAAGAUGAAGGAGGUUGCCGAGGCCAAGCUUGCCCAGACCGUUGAGAAGGCCGUUAUCACUGUCCCCGCCUACUUCAACGACAACCAGCGUCAGGCUACCAAGGACGCCGGUGCGAUUGCUGGACUCAACGUCCUCCGUAUCAUCAACGAGCCCACCGCCGCUGCUAUCGCUUACGGUCUUGGUGCUGGAAAGUCGAGCAAGGAGCGUCACGUUCUGAUCUUCGACUUGGGUGGUGGUACUUUCGAUGUCUCCCUUCUGCACAUCCAGGGUGGUGUCUUCACCGUCAAGGCUACCGCUGGUGACACCCACUUGGGUGGUCAGGAUUUCGACACUGCGCUGUUGGAGCACUUCCAGAGCGAGUUCAAGAAGAAGACCAAGCAGGACAUCUCUGACGACCCCCGUGCUCUCCGUCGUCUGCGAUCUGCCUGUGAGCGUGCCAAGCGCACUCUCUCUUCGGUCACCGCCACCACCGUCGAGAUCGACUCCCUGUACGGUGGUGAGGACUUCAAUGCCUCCAUCACCCGUGCCCGUUUCGAGGACAUCAACGCCUCCCUCUUCAAGAACACCAUUGCCCCCGUUGAGCAGGUCCUCAAGGACUCUGGUAUCCCUAAGGACAAGGUUGACGAGGUUGUGUUGGUCGGAGGAUCCACCCGUAUUCCUAAGAUCCAGAAGAUGUUGAGCGACCUUUUCGACGGCAAGAAGCUCGAGAAGAGCAUCAACCCCGACGAGGCUGUUGCCUACGGUGCUGCCGUCCAGGCCGGUAUCUUGUCCGGAAAGGCCACCUCUGAGGAGACUGCCGACCUUCUUCUGCUCGAUGUCUGCCCUCUCUCCCUCGGUGUCGCCAUGGAGGGUAACAUCUUCGCUGCCGUCGUUCCCCGCGGUACUACCGUCCCCACCCUGAAGAAGCGCACUUUCACCACCGUCGCCGACAACCAGACCACCGUGCAGUUCCCCGUCUUCCAGGGUGAGCGUGUCAACUGUGAGGACAACACCUCCCUCGGAGAGUUCACCCUCGCUCCUAUCCCCCCCAUGAAGGCUGGAGAGGCUGUUCUCGAGGUCAUCUUCGAGGUCGAUGCCAACGGUAUCCUCAAGGUCACUGCUACCGAGAAGUCUACCGGCCGUACCGCCAACAUCACCAUCUCCAACUCCGUUGGAAAGCUUUCGACCACCGACAUUGAGAAGGCUAUUGCCGAUGCCGAGAAGUUCAAGUCUACCGACGACGCUUUCUCCAAGAAGCACGAGGCCCGGCAACAGCUCGAGUCGUACAUCUCGAGGGUUGAGGAGAUUGUCAGCGACCCCACCAUGAGCCUGAAGCUCAAGCGCGGUACUCGCGAGAAGAUUGAGGCGACUCUCAGCGACGCUAUGGCUCAGCUCGAGAUUGAGGACUCUACCCACGAGGACCUCAAGAAGAAGGAGCUUGCCCUUAAGCGUGUUGUCACAAAGGGUAUGUUUUUCUCCCGCUGA